AAUUGCGCAGAUACUGUUCACCUGCCCAUUAGGUGCAGAUCGGUUACCACGAGCGUUUGGAGCGAAGAAGAAAGUGUAGUCCGGAGAAGGCGACAUCAUGCGUACGCAAGCAGUGGUUGCUCUGGCGGCCGUCGUGGUCGCCCUCUGCUGCACCCAAUCGGAAGCGGAUCGGUUGCGACCGCAGGGUUACAAGCGGAUGGUUGAACGGUGGCAGAAAUAUUACGUUGAGUUCGAAGCUGAAGUGGGCCGGGAAUUCCGCGCGUGGAAACGUGAUGGCGUGAUGUCGACCAGAUUUCGCGAGUUGAUCGACUCGGUGCGCAUCGCGCCCGAGGAACGUGGAUACGAGCUGCGCGAGCUGCCAACGGCUCGUGAAGGUCCGUUCUGUGGCAUUUGCCGUGGGUUCGGUGGCUCGUUGCUCGAGUUCCGCCGUGAGGGAGCCACUCGGGAGGAAGUGUUUGAAACGGCGGCCGAACUGUGCGCCCUGCUGGAUCUGCAGGCACCGGACAUUUGCCGUGGAUUGAUCGAGCUGAACAUCGAUCCGAUACUGUACAUCAUCGACAAUCGACCACAACUUCCGAUCGGUUCGGUGUGCGCCGUCGUCUUCCAGUCCGGUGCUUGCGAGCUUAGCGAUGAAAGCUUUAGCUCAUGGAGUGUCGAUCUCGAUCCGAACGGUACACCGGUGACGGCUUCUAAAUCGGGAACGACCCAACGUGGACCGAACGAUCUGAAGAUUGUCCAGCUAACGGAUCUACACUUCGAUCCGAACUAUCGCACCGGAUACAAUGCGGACUGUGGGGCACCGGCUUGUUGCCGGGAGUCGCAGGGCAUCCCGGACGAUCCGGCCGCUGGCGCAGGACCAUGGGGAGACUAUCGUGCCUGCGAUACACCCUGGAACGCCGUCGAGGACAUUAUCGAUCGAGUGGCGGAGGAACAUCCGGAUGCGGAUUUCAUUUACCACACGGGCGACAUCAUCGAUCACGGUAUCUGGGAAACGUCGAUCGGAUACAACGUUCGAUCGAUCAAUCAGGUUAUCCAGAAGCUACGUACCAGCUUCCCGGACAAACCGGUUUACAACAUUCUCGGCAAUCACGAGGCUCAUCCGACGAACGUGUACGAGCUUGGGGAGAUCAGUCGACCGGACUUUUCCACCAACUGGCUGUACCAUCUGUCGGCGGAUCUAUGGAGCGCUUGGUUACCGCGUGCCGCUGAGCAGACGAUCCGUCUCGGAGGAUACUACACUGCGCUGGUACGUCCGGGAUUCCGGGUGAUUGCGCUCAACAACAACGACUGUUACACGUUCAACUGGUGGAUUCUGUAUCAGCCCGAUGCACUACGCAAUCAGCUGCAGUGGCUGCACGAUGUUCUGCUGCAGGCAGAGCGAGCGGGGGAAAAGGUUCACAUCUUGUCCCAUCUGCCGGUUUCGUCCGAUUGUUUCAGCGUGUGGCAGCGUGAGUAUCGGCGAGUGUUGGAACGCUUCCGGGACACCAUCAGUGCCCAGUUCCAUGGCCAUACGCACAAGGAUGAGUUUAACGUGUUCUACGCUGCCGAGGAUCCUCAGUACGCGGUGGCAGUGGCAUGGAACGGUGGCAGCGGUACGGCACACACCAACGUUAAUCCGAAUUACGUCGUGUACUACGUUAAUCCGGAGACUUAUGAAGUGACAGACUUUGAAUCGUAUGCCUACAACUUGACGGCGGCAAAUCUGCAACCCGACCAACGACCGGAGUGGUUCCGGAUGUACUCGUUCCAGGAGGAGUUUGGGCUGAGCGAUCUCAGCCCGGCCGCUAUCGAUGAGCUGAUCCAACGGCUCGGUACACCCGAUGGCCGAGAGGAACUGCAGCGAUACUGGGAAUUUAAGGUGAAACUGGCCGAUGCCUCGCUGGAGAUUGGUUGCGAUGAGAGCUGCCUGCUAAACCAUCUGUGCGAGAUCGUCAGCAAUCAGGCCGAUGACACCCGAAAGUGUGAGGAGCUGAGUGAUACGUUCUUUGGCUAAGCUCGUCUAAGCAACCGGGGAAAUGCGUUUCAUAAAUGCAUAAAGUUACAAUAAAGAGGGAGGAAACACGUGCAA